AUGGAAAAAUCAUCGGGAAUUAAAAAGAAUAGUAACAACAAACCAAUGAACACAACUAAAUCCAACAAUAAGAAAAUAGAACAAGCCAGCAACAAAACGAAAAAGAAGGUAUCUUCAGAGAUUCCAAAAAGUACCACAAAAUUAUCCAACCCACAACAACCAAAUACCACUACUAUCACAAAUCAAAAGGUAACUGAUGGAAAAAAUAAUAUGGAGGAAGAGGAUGUUGUAGCACUUGUUCAAAAAUUGAGGAAAGAGAUGAAAGAAUCCAGGUUGAAGGAAGCAAAGGAACUAGAAAAGAAAAAGGAGGAAUCUAGAAAGAAAGAUGAAUCAUCAUUCAAAAUUCUUGUUAACAAACCUAAACGAGAUCAAAUAGAUACAAGCUCAAUGCCUGUUGCAGAAUACACAACAACUAAAUUACAAGAUAAGAAAUUUGCAAACCUCUUACAAAAUAAGGUAAACACUGAGGAUGACAUCUCGAAAGUUGUUGAAUGGGGUAUUAAACAUGAUGUCAGAUACAAUUUGGAAAAUAUUCUUCUCCCUGACAUGGACAGUACACCAGAGGAAAUUGAAGAAAAAAAGAAAAAGAAGGCAGAACUCAAAAAAGCAUACGAAGACUAUGUGAAUUCUGUACCAGAGGAAGAGGAGGAGAAGAGAGGAAAAGAAGAUAUUUCAUUCAAACAAUUUGUAAAUAGUAUUACUGAGGAAGAGGAAGAGGAUGUCGAAAGACCAAAGAAACAAUUGCCAAAGAAUAUUGAAAUUGUUGAGAGUGAUAAGCUCUCCUCAAAACCUCACAAAAAGACCGAUCUCCAAAAAUUAUCCCAAAGACUCUCCACCGUCAAUAAGAAACCAUCUAGUUAUGAAGAAUUAGCUCACAAAGAAACAAUGGACUCAAGUAAAGAAAAACCAGAAGUGGAUCAAAAUGAAUCUAGUCCAACAUUCUCCACAACCAUCUUGAAUUUAACAGAUGAACAAUAUAGUAAUGCCAUGUCAAAUCCAGUUGAAUUUAACAAACAAUGGGAAUUAAAGGGAUACUCACCAGUAAUACAAAACAAUCAUGGUAGAAAAAUAUUAAUCCUCUACCCAAUUGGAACCAAUACAAAGAAAGUUGUGGAAAAGGUUAAAAAUGCCACCAAUAAGGACCAAACGAAACCACUUAUAGUUGCAGGAUCAAAGGGAAGAAUACCUCUAAGAGAUUUACUAGUUGAUGAAAGUACCAAGGAUGAGGUAGAUUUGGAAAGCUCAAAUUUUGAUGAGAGAGAUUUGGAGAAGAAAUUGAUAGAUGCUAAAAACUACUUUUUAGAAUAUGGAUAUGAUAUUUCAGAUCUUAAUACCAUUCUUAAAGAUGAUGAAAUCAUUAAAAAGAAGAAGGAAAAAACUCAACCUAAAAAAAUAGAAAAAACUACAGCUUAUGAUAAACUGCAAGACGAAUUGGAAAAUGAAGAGAAUGAGACACCAAUUUCGAAUCUUUUGGAUGAAUACUUGGGGGAUGAUGACCCAAACCAAAUUUUCCAAUCGUUGGAAGAAAAGAAUUUACUAUUAUCUGAAUAUGAAACCAAAUCAGAAUAUGCAAUGUUUUCAGAGGAUAUACACCCAUACUUGAAGAAAUCUACAAAAGAAAACGAGGAUAAGCUUAGAAAGGAAAUAGCCAAUAUGAGUAUUGGUUCUAUUAGUCUUCCUCCAGAACUUGUUGAGGGUGUAUCUGAGAUUGUAUCUGAAUAUCCAAAGAAUUUGAUUCAAAGAACUGCUCAAAUUCUAAGUGCUGCCUUUAGAUUGAGAACUAAUGGCUUGGAUAAGAAUCCAAAAGUUUUCAGCAGAUCUGAUGAAGAAAAGAAAUUGAAUAAGGAUGAAAGUCCUGAAGAUGAAUUAUUCAGGGAACAAUUGGAAGUUCUCAAACAUUUGAGAAGUUACAAGGAAACCUCAAAAAAAAAGAAGAGACCUAUUGAUAUUGAAAAGAUGAAAAAGGAUAGUGAAGAGGAAUUUAAUAGAACUUAUAAUCCUCAAAUUAUUUAUAAGGAGUUGGAAUCUGCUGCAUAUAUUGCCCACAGACUUCCUGCCAUCUAUGGUACAUCAUAUAGAGUAUUUUCAGAGGCUGUAAUGAGAAUGCCUGACUUUGAACCAAAGACAAUGCUUGAUUUUGGUACUGGACCAGGUACUACCAUUUGGGCAGCUCAUGAAGCUUUUGGAGGAAGUGUGAAAGAAGUGAUGGCUGUUGAACCGUCUACUGCAAUGAUGGACGUUGCUUCCAGAUUAUUCGAAUAUAUGAACAACAAACCACACAUUACAUGGAGACGUUUUUUGAAUGAACAUUCUAGUAAGCAAUAUGACCUUGUUGUUGCCUCAUUUGUAAUGAAUGAAUUGUCUAACUCUCAAGAAAGAGAAAGAAUUGUAAAGGCACUGUGGAAACUAACAUCUGGUGUUUUGAUAAUUAUUGAACCAGGUACACCUGUUGGAUUUGAUUUUAUCAGAGAGGCUAGAUCAACAGUACUCACACAAAAAUACAUUAACAUUAAUGAUAAGCCAACAAUAUUGGCCCCAUGCCCUCAUGAUUCAGUUUGUCCAAUGGCCGGCACUCCAAAAUGGUGUCACUUUGCACAAAGAGUGGAGCGCGAAGAAUUCCAAAAGUUGACCAAGCAAGCUAAAAAACAAUAUGAAAAUGAAAAUUACUCAUUCAUUGCUUUCAAGAGACAUGGACUUGAUGGAUUUAAAUAUGGAGAGCAAGUAGAAAAAGAAGAAGAAGAAGAAAUGAGAAAGAAACAAAUAAGAGAGCAACUUCCAGAUUCUGUUGUGGAAAAGGAAAUUGCACUUAGAAAGGAAUUGAGAGGUUAUGCAAGAGAAUUUUCUCUUCAAUCAUUUAGAUGGCCUCGUAUUACUGAUACUCCACUCAAGAGAGGAGGUCACGUAAUUACUUCAAUGUGCUUACCUGAAGGUACUUUAUCAAAAGUAAUCAUUUCUAAAGCUGAUGGAAAGCAAGGUUAUAAAUACUUGAGAAAGACUCUUAAGGGCGAUUUGUAUCCUUAUCCAUUAAAUCCAAAGAAUCUCAAAGCUAGUGCCGAGAUGGAAAAGUAUUUCAAAGAUUUGGAAUAAAAAUUAAAGGAAUUUAUGG